GGGCCGGGGCCGGGGCCGGGGCCGGGGAGGAUGAAUGAGGCCGAGGGGCUGCGGCAGCGCCGGCCGCUCCGCCCGCAGGUCAUCACCGAGGACAGCCCGGCGCAGGAGGCCAAGGAGGGCAGUACUUACAGCAGCAAGGUGUUCCGUGUUACCUUCUUGACUUUGGCUGCAUCUCUAACUGUGCCCCUGCUUGGAGCAACUGUUCUGCUGGAUUGUCCUAUAGACCCUCAGCCCAUAAGUUUGAAGGAACCUCCCCUCCUGACGGGUGUUCUAGAGCCCAAUAGCAAGUUACAGAAAGCUGAGCGGCUAUGGGAGAAUCAGCUUGUUGGACCUGAAUCCAUCGUCAAUAUUGGUGAUGUGCUAUUUACUGGGACAGCUGAUGGGAAGAUUCUUAAAAUUGAAGAUGGAGUUAUACAAACAAUAGCCAGAAUUGGCCAUGGUCCUUGUGGAACCCGUGAAGAUGAGCCAACUUGUGGACGACCACUUGGCAUCAGAGUGGGACCAAAUAACACCCUUUUUGUGGCAGAUGCUUAUUAUGGGCUCUAUGAAGUUAAUCCUGGCACAGGUGAAACAAAAAUGCUUGUGUCAACCACAACGCCGAUUGAAGGUCAGAAGCUGUCAUUUGUGAAUGACCUCACAGUGACCCGGGAUGGCAGGAAAAUCUACUUCACCGACUCCAGUAGCAAAUGGCAGAGACGGGACUACUUACUCUUGAUUAUGGAAGGCACAGAUGAUGGGCGCCUCCUUGAAUAUGACACAGUAACAAAAGAAGUGAAAGUCUUAAUGGUGGGACUGAGGUUUCCCAAUGGAGUCCAGCUCUCUCCUGCAGAAGACUUUGUCCUGGUGCAGGAGACAACCAUGGCUAGAAUCAGGAGAUAUUAUGUGUCUGGGUUGAUGAAAGGUGGAGCAGAUAUGUUUGUUGAGAACAUGCCUGGUCUUCCAGAUAAUAUCAGAUUAAGCAGCUCUGGAGGAUAUUGGGUAGCUAUGGCAGCUGUCCGUCCCAAUCCUGGAUUUUCUAUGUUCGAUUUUUUGUCUGAAAAACCGUGGAUCAAACGGAUGAUAUUUAAGUUGCUGAGUCAGGAAACUGUGGCCAAGUUUUUGCCCAAGCGUAGCCUUGUUGUUGAACUUAGUGAGACAGGGUCCUACAAAAGAAGCUUUCAUGAUCCUACUGGAAUGACAGUAGCUUAUGUUAGCGACGUACAUGAACACGACGGAUAUCUCUACCUGGGCUCCUUCCGGUCUCCAUUUAUUUGCAGACUUAAUCUUCAGCACGUUUAACUGUCCAUAUAUGAUAAAGUGCCACUGUCCUGUAAUGCUCUAGAGGUACGAAGGAAGCAUGUGUUUUAAACAGUGUGACCAAGGAGGAAAAAUGAAGACAGCCUGUUAGUGUGUGCAGUAGCACUGUUCUGCUGCCGUAUGAAAACGUACAGCUUGCUGUAUCUGUCCUCUUCAUGGUUUGACUGCUCUCGCUUUGGAGUUGGCAUGCAUAUUAAUGUACGGUGGGGCAUCUUCGUACGGUUAUAUGCUCACACAAAAUUGAUUGCUUUUACAAACCCAACCCUGUUUUGGAGUUUUUCUUAAAAAGACAUCAUCUGUCACCCUUAAUGCAACUGUACGUCUUCCUUACGCUGGAAGGAUUUAUGAUGUAUGGAAUUUAAUCGUGUAUGAUUUGGGUUGAAGAGGGUGUCUUGCACGUGUUUGUUUUAAAGCCAACUGUUUAGGAUUGAUUACGCUGCAUGUUCUAAUGUCAUCCCAUGGUGCUGUGGUAGAGACAGCAACAUCCAGAACGUGCCUAGAAAUAUAGUUAUACCAUUCAGGUUUCUUCAAUUCCAGCCUGUGUAAUCAACAUCAGAAACUGCAGUAAACAGUUAAUCAACAUGAAGAAUCUAAUUUGAUCAUUA